AUGGCUUCGAACAGAGAAGUUGACAUCCCCACCUAUGAUGGACUGAAGCUGAGGGGAACCCUUUUCACCGUGUGGAAAAGAACCAUGCGUCAUCAUAUCCAGUGGCGUAAUGACCUUAGAAUCCAUUUCCUCCUUGAUUUUCCAGAAUGUUCCAAGGCGGCCGGCUUUGGUAUUUUGACAUAUAAUACCCGAUGCUGGAGCCAUAAUGAGGGUACUCUUCGUGAGGAAGCCGACCCAUGGCUGCAGACGUGCGACCAGUUUGAUGUCUUCAAGUUCACUACUAGCCUACCUGGGACUGAUCCGACAAAAGUAUUCAAUUGGGGAUCCAGCAUGCGCGUUCCGUUUGUGUCUGGGGAGGCCAUCAGCCGUACCCCGGGUAUGAAGAUAGUCCAUAUCUCUCAGGGGCGCCGCCACGCCGCCGUGAGUGGCUCCGCCGCGUUGGUGCCUGUCUUCCCGAUCUCGGUCGAGGAUAUCACUAACCCGCCGUCUAAGGUUGUGCUUAAGGACCACGACGCGUUGCUGUUUGUCGACGAGAUGAAACGUCGUAACAUGCAAUGGGACGAAGCUACUGGGCUCCACAGUCUGACGAUUGUCGCUGAUACUGAGGUAACCACGCAGACGCACUUGCAGCUCGAUGCUUUUGAUAAGGUGCUGGAGCCCAAGAAACUGGUGCUUCUAAAAAGGGGCAGGGAUUUUACGCCGGACUUUGGAGACCUAUUUGUGAAGAAUAGUAAGGCUCAGAUUGCGUUUUUGAAGAGCCUGUUGCCUGAAGAAUCUCAUGGCAUAUUUCUAGAACAGAAGCCAGAAAUCGCAGAGGUAGGUCCCGACUCGUUAAAUAUAGAUGAUCAAAGUCGGACUGGAUCAUGA